GCAUAUUUUGACAAGAUGACAUGAAACCUUCAGGAAAUGAUCGCACACCGCAAAUAAAACUGAUAUGAAAAGAAUUAAGUCCUUAAUUGUGUUCGUUGUCUCCAGGACGGACAGCUGUGUGAGUGUGAGGAUGAGUGCUCAAUAUUUAAUCCGUGUUAUUUUAUUUAUUGGUUUCCAUAUCGGAGUGGCUUAUUCCGAUGGAAAUAAUAAUAAUAACGUGAUCAGAGUCGAGACAGCGAACGCAAUUCACCUAUCUGCCGACAACGUACUGGUGGUCCCGUCCGACAUCAUAGUGGUAGAACUCAACGUCUACUCCGGCGAGGAUGACCCGUUUGUGCAGAUACCCAGGGCUCAGAUCCAACCUAUGCUGCAAUCCAGUUUUGGUUGGAGGAAUCCUGGUGUUCCUACUGGAGUAGGAUACAAAGGCUUUACUUUGUAUAAUUAUGAACCCAAUCCGAUUCGCAUUGGAUGUGGAUCCGAUAUGGGAGUAGAAACUGGACUCCUACAAAGAAUGGGACUCAGAAUCGAUCCAACUCUUCGCCAAACAGUUCAAUCACAGAUGCAAGCAGGUUGGAGCCUACAUCAGAGCAUGCAUCAUGGUCACAGACCACAUCCUGGAAUGCCGCAUCAAGGAAUUUUCUGUCCAAGACCCCCUUCAUCAUCCACCUAUGAACCACACGUUUGGAACAACCGGACAUUUGUACAGAGGCGGAACAACUGUUACAACUAUGCCAGCAACAUUAUAACAAAUACAUUCGCUCAACCUGGUAGAGCCAACCGCCACAACAUAACAAGGAAUCCACCACAGUUGUACGGCGAAUCAGUCUACUACGGGGCUAUUCUUGACGGGCUAAUCCCAGUUCCUGCACCCACACAAUGUUUGCCAAGCCCUGGCUUGAAUCUCAUCGCUUUAGUUAUUUGGCCAGGAAGAGACUAUCAUUUUUACCGUCUUGACAAGAACGGUUACUUCUCUCACAAGCCUGGCAGAUCACCUGCAAGAAAUGUGGACAAUUCCAAUAAUCUUAUUUUGGACCCACGGACAUGUGAUCGCGGUCCUUAUACAGUUUUUAAGGGAUUUUUCACGACUAAUAUUUUUAAUGUACGUCAUCUUAUGUAAUUUUAGCGGUUAUUUGAGAAGCAUUUUUCUUCCAAAUCCAAUAACAAAUGUUUUUGAGAUUUACGUGUAAAAAGUGUCGUGUAGAUUUAUAUGCGGUUAAUAAAUUAUUGCUUUUGAA